GAUGGGAGAUGUCUUUGAUGAUCUUCUUUGCCCUGCUAAGGCAGCGGGAGGUGUAGAUGUCCAUCAGGGAGGGGAGAGGGCAGCCAAUGAUCCUCUGCGCUGUCCUGGUUACCCUCUGAAGCCUCUCCCUGUCUGCCAUGGUGCAGCUGCCAUACCAUGCUGUAAUGCAGUAUGUCAGCAGUGCAGAUGCAGUGGCAGUGAUCGCUGUAGUGAUCAGUGAGAUGUGCAGCAACAUGGUGACUACUGUGGCAGUGAGAAAGUGCCUGACUGACUGACUGUGGGGAGUGAGUUAGACACACAGUGACAAAAUGUCACUGCAGCACGCGAGGGGAGGAUGGGGUGAGGGGAGAUCAGUCUGACAAGCAGUAACAAAGUAUCUCCACUGGAGGGGGUCAGUUAUACGUUGCAACAAAGCGUCUCUACCGCAGGGAGGUCAGUCAGACAUCAGUGAAUGACCAUUAUAGCGGACGGUCACAACGGUGAACGACCACUGCAAGGGUCAGUCAGCCAACAGUGACACACAAUCAUAGCGAACGAUCACGCGACAGUGAAUGAUCUGUCAUGUAGCAUCUCUGGAGAAAAUGGGUAGGUGAGGUUUCUGGGUCGAGAGCCUUCAUCAGAAAGGUCUGAUGAAGGGUCUCGCCCCCCUCCCCCUCCCGAAACGUCACCUAUUCCUUUUCUCCAGUAAUGCUGAGUUAUUCCAGAUUUUGUGUCUAUCUUCGAUGUAAACCAAGCUCUGCAGUUCCUUCUUACACAGACCCACACCACUGCAAGGGUCAGUCAGCGAGACACCAGGGAGUGACCACCCGGGGGUCAGUCACACACCAGUGAAUGGAUGGCUCUACCGGAUCAAAACACACCCAUUGAGCUCGACAACCACUGUGCUGUCCUCUUGCAAGUGACCUCACCCAACAGUAAGAAGUUUGACAGGAACUUCUUUCCUGUGUGUUGGUGACUGUGGUCAGCUCGGCUGGUGGCAAAGAGCUAGAUUGGAAGAAAGAGUGUAUUUUCCAUCCGUGGUCGGUGAUGAGGAUUCCGGCUUCUCCUCUGUGAGCUGCUCCUGCAGAAGGUGUCCUCCUCGCCCAGAUCUGACGUGUUCAGGAAAUCAGCUGAUCGCAGAGGCUGUGCUCAGAUCGGCAGCACCUGCCGCCCAGUCCGGAGCCCAGAGCCCAGAGCCCAGAGCCCGGCUCUGUCCCAGCCCGUGGCUGCCCGGCGCACCGCCCCCUCCCUCAUGCCCACCCGCCCCCGACUCGGUGCCGCAUCAGAUGUCCGGAACGCCCUGGGCCGGCCAUGCUGCACAACGGGAACGACCCGGCCCCGCCGUCGCCCAACAAGUGGAGUAAGCCGUCGGGAGCCGGCGUUACGAGCCACCCGCAAGCCCGGCCCGAGAUCAAGAAGAACGCCAUCACCGACGAUUACCGGGUGUCCACGAACGUCCUGGGACUGGGAGUCAACGGCAAAGUGUUGGAGUGUGUGCACAAGAAAACGGGAGAGAAGUGCGCCCUGAAGAUUCUCUAUGACAAUCCAAAGGCACGGCGUGAAGUGGACAUGCAUUGGAGAGCUUCCAGCACCCUGCACAUUGUCCGCAUAAUUAACAUCUACGAGAACAUGCACCAUGGAAAGCGCUGCCUCUUGAUUGUGAUGGAAUGCAUGGAAGGAGGUGAAUUGUUCAGCAGGAUACAGGAUCGAGGAGACCAGGCCUUUACUGAGAGGGAAGCCUCAGAAAUAAUGAGAGACAUAGGGAGCGCUAUUCAGUAUCUUCAUGCAAUGAACAUUGCUCACAGGGAUGUCAAGCCAGAAAACUUGUUGUACACAGCAAAAGAUUUCAAUGCAAUCCUCAAGCUUACAGAUUUUGGAUUUGCCAAAGAAACAACGCUUCACAACUCCCUAGCAACACCCUGCUACACACCGUACUAUGUUGCUCCAGAGGUCCUGGGCCCAGAAAAGUACGAUAAGUCGUGUGACAUGUGGUCCUUGGGAGUCAUCAUGUACAUUCUGCUAUGUGGCUACCCUCCGUUCUACUCAAAUCAUGGCCUAGCCAUCUCACCUGGGAUGAAGAAAAGGAUCCGAAUGGGACAAUACGAGUUUCCAAACCCGGAAUGGUCAGAUGUCUCUGAGGAAGCAAAGGAUUUGAUCCGGCAGGUGCUGAAGACGGACCCCACUGAGCGAAUGACCAUCACUGAGUUUAUGAACCAUUCUUGGAUUAACCAAUCAAUGGCGGUUCCACCAACUCCACUCCACACAAGUCGAGUACUUCAAGAAGAGAAGGACAUGUGGGAGGAGGUGAAGGACGAGAUGACAAGUGCUCUCGCAACCAUGCGCGUCGACUACGAUCAGGUGACGAUUAAGGACUUGGAUAAAACCAGCAACCCGCUCCUCAACAAGAGACGGAAGAAGCAGGUGUCGUCGGCACGCUCGACCUCUGCGAUCUGCAGUAACCAGUGAAUGUGGACCCAGGCCUGAGGGACGUCUGCCGCCACCACCAAACAUCCCACGGCUUUUCAAGCUCGCUGCAGCCGUGCUCCACAGACCAAAGGUGGAGAUUCUCAAUGAUAAAGAGGAUGUUUAUCGUGGCGGUGCAGCCGGGGGCGGGAGCAAGCUUAUCUCUGAAAUAGCACGUACACCCUCUUGCCAUUUACCGCCACGGCACCUUCUAUUACAAACAGUAUUUUACCCGGAGUUUUAAUUUGGCUCAAUCUUUGCAUUGACCUUGGAAAAACCAGCAGGUGCUUUAAAAAUAAAAUACAAAAAGAGAACGUGCCGUCAGCGGGUCAGGCCGCGGCUGUGGGAGGAGAACUGGCGUUUGCGCUGAAAAGCACAAAGCGGUGGAGUAACUCAGCAGGUCAGGUAGCAUCGCUGGAGAACAUGGAUGGGUGAUGUUUCGAGUCAAGGCCGUUCUCAGGUCUAAAGAAGGGUCUCGACGUGAACCAUCACCAACCCAUGUUCUCCAGAGAUGCUGCCUGACCUGCGAGAUUGGUCCCUGGGAUGGCGGGACUGUCAUAUGAGGAAAGAUUGAAAAGACUAGGCUUGUAUUCACUGGAUGAGGGGGUGACCUUAUAGAAACAUAUAAAAUUAUAAAAGGACUGGACAAGCAAGAUGCAGGAAAAAUGUUCCCAAUGUUGGGCGAGUCCAGAACCAGGGGCCAGCCUUAGAAUAAAGGGGAGGUCAUUUAAGGCUGAGGUGAGAAAAAACUUUUUCACCCAGAGUUGUGAAUUUAUGGAAUUCCCUGCCACAGAGAGCAGUGGAGGCCAAGUCACUGGAUGGAUUUAAGAGGGUUAGAUAGAGCUCUAGGGGCUAGUAGAAUCAAGGGAUAUGGGGAGAAGGCAGGCACGGGUUAUUGAUAGGGGAUGAUCAGCCAUGAUCACAAUGAAUGGCGGUGCUGGCUCGAAGGGCCGAAUGGCCUCCUCCUGCACCUAUUUUCUAUGUUUCUAUGCUGAGUUACCCCAGCACGUUGUAUCCUUUUAACCAGUAUCUGCAGUUCUUUGUUUCUAUACUAAGAGUUUUGCGUUGACACUGAUUGGGAGGAAGGGGGCCGGCUGCGGGCCGACCGACUAUUUCCAGCAUUUUUUAAUGGUUUUAAAUUUGCAGUGUUGUUUUUGAAGAUAGGCGAUCGAAGGCAAACCUUAACUCUGGCGGGAUUUGAAUACUGCCUAGAUUAGAGGAUAUUAGUUAUAAGGAGGCUUGACAGACUUGGAUUGUUUUUUUUUCUGGAGCGUUGGAGGCUAAGGGAAGAUCUAUCAGCAUUUACGAGGUAUAGGCACAGAAUCUUUUUCGCAGGAGGGAAGUCCCCUGUAGACCGAUGGGUUUCCGCCACACGCGCAUAGUUCUAUUUACACAGAACUAUCGUCAUCAGACACAAAGGAUAAAGUUAUAGAUUACAGUGCAUCAGAGAUUGCAACAAUGUUUAAUAUGAUGAUGGCGCUUGAAGCUGGAUGGUGACAGGGCGGAGCUAUCGUGCAAUCGAAGAUUAAAAACGAACACUGACUGGCUGGUUAGUCCGACGUUAUGUAGUUUCUAUGUAAUUUUCUUGUUACGAACUGCGCAAUGUGACAACCCCCAAGGUAAACUCCCUGAAAAGCUUUUUGCUCUUGUCUGACACGGUAGCAUCUGCACGGCGGUUGCAGAAACGACUUAAUGCGUCACCGCGAGCAACCCAGCUAAAAAGCUAAACUAAUCUCAGCGAUGACAACUUUGGCGGUAAGGAUCAGGUUUGGGCGAGUCGGCUCAAUCCUCCACCUCUCCUGAUGGAGCUUGCGGGGGACAUCACCUCUUCAAUGAAACAGACGCCACUUCCCCCUCCACUUCCCCGUGGUCGCUGGGGGUGGGAGCCCUGCUUGCGGUUUAUCUGUCUUGGUAGAAGUGGAGUUUUCAGCAAAAAGACUGUUGGUUAAGCACAUAGAUAGAACGGAAAUUCAUACCGUAAUGGUUUUUAAAUACCGAUAAAAUCAAUUUAACAUAAAUAACUCCCAUUGGUGAGACCUGCAUGUCUUUAUUUUCUCAGAUAAAUAUUGUAAAUAUGUCAACAGUACUAUGACCCGCUUGGCGUGGUGUUUAUUAUGUACUAUGGGCCGACCAUCUGCAGUAAAACAUAAGAUGCUUUGAGGAACUUUGAUGGUGGAGCAGCAUAUGUCCAGGGCUUGAACGGGUGACUUUCUGGUCAGGACCUUUCUUCAGACUGACCAGCUUCACCUGAUUUGAUGCAUGCCCAUCCGCCGCUGCCCAUGGCUCCAAUGUCCUCUUGUGUACUCCUCCUUUCCAGCUGCCCAGGACCAGGCUGUGAACGCGGGUCAUUUCUCUAGCUCCCUGCUCGCCGCUACUCCCCCAUUACCCAGGACUGUGUGUGCGGCAACUUCCUCCCAUCUAAGUAUUGGGAAGAGUGAGGUGAAUGCUCACCACAGCUUUCUACGACCGCCCAAAACUAAAUCAGUAUCUGAUCACACUCAAGACUGGUCUCCAAAGCCUGCUGGAUUUCCCUGUCCUGAGCCAUUUAAACUCCCAUCCCCAUUGUAGGAGCCAUUUAUGUUCAGGCUAGCUACUGUUGGCAUAUUAUAUUAUUUUGUCUAGAUAUAUCUUACAGUAUUAUUUUUGGGCACUUGGGGACGGUAUAUAUGGGCAUAGUGGACGCUGAGUGGCAGACCAGGCACAGGGAGGGAGAGAAUGCAGUUCUCACCAGACGGGGAGAACAGCCAGCUACAACUUGUUUACAGAAUAAGGAAAACCUGGUACGUUCAUCUCAUUGUUUGUACAACUACUUCAAUAAACAACAAGCUGGAAAUAACGACUGGGAAA